GGCUGCCCAGGGACGGACGGGGUUCAGCCUCGUCCCUCACCCAGACUGACGUUCACACCUCGGCAAAGGGUCAUCCAUCGCGCGGGGAAAAUCCACCUCCACAUACGAAAUGCUCCUGACGUCCGAACGGCCACGACAUCGUGACCUCUCGAGGGCGGUUAAGUAGUCACUGUGAUCAGUUGUGAACUCGAGAGUUGUCUUGGGGACGCAUCAAAGGACCUUUAAUACUACAUACCAACCCACUGAUCCCAGUCUAGAAGUCUCGUAUUGCAAACGAACCGCAGUCAUGCCUCCAUCCACUAUGCGCGCAGUGGUGCUCAAGGGUAACUACGAGGUCGCCGUUGAAGACAGACCAUACCCCAAACUCCAAAAACCGACCGACGCGGUACUGAAGGUUUCGUCGACCGCUCUCUGCGGCUCCGAUCUACACUUCUACCGCGGCCAUCUCAAGUGUCCACCAGAUUUUAUCUGCGGACACGAGUUCGUCGGGUCCAUCGUCGAGAAGGGCGACGGCGUGAGUAAAUUCGAGAUUGGCGAUAAAGUCGUCGUGCCCUUUUACACGGCGUGCCAGGAGUGUUACUACUGCGUGCGAGGGCAGGCGAGUCGUUGCGCCAAGGGCGAGUUGUUUGGGAACUCGGUGCCCGCGAAUUCGAUUGAUGGAGGGCAGGCAGAGUAUGUGCGUGUGCCGCUGGCGGAUUCUACGCUUGUGAAGACGCCGAAGGGCAUUCCGGAAGAAAUGCUCGUUCUCAUGGCCGACAUAUUCCCAACCGGAUACUUUGCGGCGUCGCGGUUCUUGAAGAACCUACCGCAGCGGGAUCGUGAGGAGUUCACGACAGUGGUCAUUGGGUGUGGACCCGUGGGGCUGUGUGCUAUCACGUCUGCACUCACUAUGGUCAAGACGGUGUACGCGAUCGAUUCUGUUCAGGAACGUCUGGAUGAAGCCGAAAAGAUUGGCGCCAUCCCGAUCAAUCUUAAUGACAACCCGGUCGAGAAGAUCAAGGCCGCGAGUGGCGGACGGGGCGCUGACGUUGUCCUCGAGGUCGUGGGCCAUACCGACGCAUUUACGCUGGCGUUUGAUAUGAUCCGCCCGUGGGGCCAGAUUAGCUCGGUCGGCGUGCACACUGAGCAGCUCCCACUUAAUGGAUUGCUAUGUUAUGGCAAGAAUGUCACCAUGGCGUUUGGUCGGUGCCCGGUGCGAAGUAUCUUUGAGGAUGCCCUGGAGGUGCUGGUCAAGGAGCAGAAGAAAGUUGCGUUCUUGUGCGGGAAGACCAUGUCCCUUGAGGAUGCGCCGCAAGCAUAUAAAGACUUUGAGGCGAGGAAGGUGCUGAAGAUCAUCUUCAAGAUGCCUGGUGAGGCGACGGGCGAGAACGUCGCUGAUAAGGUGUGAAGACACCACUAUUUGUGGCCUAGUUUGACC